CCUCGUUCUUCUAUUGAUAGACAUAUUCCCUGUUUCUUCCCUGCAGUCGGGACGAUGCAGAGCGAUGAGGAGGCUCCGAGAGGAAACAACGACUGAAAGAGGAAACCUUGGAAGGAAUGGAGCUGAGCCUCCUCUCACACUAGCUGCUCUCUGAUUGGCUGACACCAGCGUGAAGAUGGCCCAUCUGUUCCUCGCCAGUAAGAUCACCAUGCCGGACGACUUCCACAUCAAAGGUGGCGCCAGGAUCCAGAGGAGCGCCCCCAAGAUGCCGGCAUCCAUCUCCGCCGAGAAGCUUCGGUCCAUGCCCAGGAAGGACAGUGUCAUCGUGACGACACGUGUCCCCCGCGUCCCCCACGUCAACGAGGUCCAACUGACGGCAGCGACCGGCGGUGCGGAGAUGUCCUGCUACCGCUGCAUCAUCCCGUUCGCCGUGGUGGUGCUCAUUGCCGGCGUGGUGGUGACGGCCGUGGCCUACGCCUUCAACUCCCACGGCUCCAACAUCUCGGUGCUGGGGCUGGUGCUGCUGUCCGCUGGGCUGGGCCUGCUGGGCUCCAGCGCCAUCUGCUGGAGGCUCCGACAGAAGAAGAAGAGCGACAAGCGGCGGGAGAGCCAGACCACGCUCAUGGCCGGACAGGGGUACUGCGUGGCCUGAUGGACACCCCUCCAGCUGGUCUCAUGACGUUCAGGGAGAAUCACAAUCCAGACAAACAGGACAUGAAUCUGAACCCCUUCAGGUUUGUGUCCUCCGGCCUUCAGGCUCUGACUCUGCAGGACGAACGCCGGCCAAGUUAAGCCCCUGGAAACAUAUUUAUGGAGACUUGAACGAAGGCUAAAGUUUAUUUCACAAACCUUUCUCAUCCUUCAACCAUUAGUCUGGUUUAUAUCGUGUGGUUUCUGGACUGAGGAGCUCUCAGUGAACAGAUAUUAUAUCAGCUACAUGAUUCUCAGUCUGACUGCUUCCAUGAAUACACAUUUACAAAACCAGUUUGUUUAAUCAUUACACAUCAAUGAGGUGAAUUCAGGUCUAAAUGAGUAUUUAUAUGUCAGGUUGUGUUUGCAUGGACUUCUUCUUCUUCUACAUUCUUGACUGAGCAGAUACCUGAAUAUAAACUGUCGUAUGUAGCCGUCGCCUGAAAAGCUCAUUAAUGAUGUACAGCACCGAACUAAAUGCUGCUAAUAAGCUCUAAUAGAAAAACAUUUAAAAAGGUACUUUACUGUUGAAGCUCGUCUUCCUGAGACAACGUGCAGCUGUCGUUUUACUCUGGGAUUCAGUCACACAGGAACAAAGAUAAAGGUCAGAUCUCAAGCUGGGUUCAGACUCAAAGACGUUUCAUGGUUUGAUAUUUUUAAUAAAGUUCCAGGAACUUUAACAAAAAGAGUUCAAAUGUUCAAAGAGUUUUCACUCACAUCUUAACUCCUAAUUGUUGAGCUACAUGAAAUAAAAUGAUGAUGAAAAUUAAUACAAUUUUAGCACGACAAGUUCAUCUUUAAAUUCCUGACAGAUAAUUCCUCUACUAGAACUAAUUUACCUGCAAGUUUUUAUCUUUGUGUUGCAAUAAUAACAACAAACAUUUACAUAAAGCUGCACAGCUGAUUAAAUAGAUGAAAAAUAUCCCUUGAAGUUAACAAUUAAAUAGAUUCAAAACAUGCAAUUAAUUUGCAUUAACUGAUGUAAAUCAUGCGAUUAAUCGCGGUUAAAUAUUUUUAUCUAUCGAUAGCCCAUGAAGAUAAAUCUGAGAUGGAUCCAUCAGAGGCUCCGUGUCAUUGAGUGGAAACACAAUAUAUAUUUUAUAUUUUAUAUUUUAUUCAUAUGUUUAGUCCCAAUCAGACCAGUCUCAGGUCUUUUAAAGAACUGAUGCCUGAAACAAACAGGAAAUAAGAGUGUUCCAUUAACCACGUUCCUCUGAUCUCUCGGGCCCGUCUAUUUGCUGGAACGAGGCGACUCAUCCAGCAUCGUCUGUGUUUCCUGCUGUAGUCUGAACCCAACAUGAGGUAUGCGGGUAGCUCCAUGUGACUGAACCACUGAGCAUCACCCAGACUGCUGCUGUGGUCACUCAGUCUCUGAUAUGCAUGCCUCUCCGUCUGUCAGUCUGUCCACUAGUCCACAUGUAGCGGAGGGUCACUCUCCUUCACCUCCAGCCGUCCGUCUUAUUUAUUCUGAAACACAUUUGUUCUAUUAAACUCAAGAUUUAAUCCAAAACGAA